AAAGAAGGCAUAUUAUAUCCAGUAAAGUCGCUGGUGAUAUUCCUUAUGUGAAACGAGCACUUAUAGACAAAAGCAUUUUACUUUGAUUUAUCUAACCUUUGAUAUGCAUCCUUGAAAGUCUUGAUCUUCCUCGACUUCAAAGUUUUCUUUCUCCAUUAGCUCACUCUCACUUUGCUUCCUCACAACCCUUGUUAUUCUCUACAAACUAUAGUGCCUAAUUUCACCAUGGCCAUUGGAGAGAUCUUUUUGGGUUCCUUCUUUCAGGUCCUGCUCGACAAGUUGGCUUCUAUGGGAUUGGAAUAUGCGCAACAGGAAGGAAUCAACACCACCCUGCUCCAAUGUAAGGUGAUGCUAGAAACAAUCAAUGCAGUGCUUGAUGAUGCAGAGGACAAGCAACUCAACGGUGACCGUCUAGUGAAGCUAUGGCUAGAUGAUGUUAGGGACUUGGCCUAUGACUUGGAAGACUUUCUCGAUGAGUUUGAAACCACUCAAGCCAAGUUGGAGGCAGAAUCCAGCACAAGCAGAGGUCAGGUGAAAAGGAAGUUCCCUUUCUUUAGCCUACCGCGCUCGCUCGUGUUUGAAACUAUGUUACAAGAGAUCAAAGGCAGGUUUGAAGAUAUUGUCAACAGGAAGGCUCCCUUAAGCUUGAGAGAGAAGGUUGUGGACAGAUCCCACUACACCAACAAAAGGCUCCCUAGCACUUCUCUGCCGGAGCCUCAGUUUUUCGGUAGGGAGAAGGAAGAAGUGGAGACACUCAAACUACUAAUUAAUGAAGCCAAAAAUGCCGAUAGCGCAUUGAGCAUAGUCUCCAUCAUUGGGAUGGGCGGUGUUGGAAAGACGGCCUUGGCUCAACGGUUGUAUAAUGAUGCCAAAGUGAGUAAUUGUUUCGAGAGGAAAGCAUGGGUAUGUGUUUCAGAUGUUUUUGAUGUUCUCGACAUAACAAAGACUAUUUUGCAAUCGGUCACCCGAGAGCCCUGCAAGGACAAAGAUCUUAACGAGCUUCAAAUAGAGUUGAAGGAUCGUCUAUCCGGAAAGAAGUUUCUUGUGGUCUUAGAUGAUGUCUGGAAUGAGAAGUACGGAGAAUGGACUUCCCUCUUAAAGCCAUUUGAAGCGGGGACUAAGGGAAGCAAGAUCAUCAUCACGACGCGCAACCAUCAUGUCGUUUCCAUAACAGGAGCUUCGCCAUAUCCUUUGAGGGAGUUGUCCAUUGAUAAUUGUACCAGCUUAUUAGCCUAUCAUGCUUUGGAAGAAAGAAAUUUCGAGACGCGCCCAGAUUUGGAAAUAGUAGGCAAGAAAAUAGCUGAAAAAUGUAGAGGUUUACCUUUGGCAGCGAAGACAUUGGGUGGUCUCCUACGGAAUAAAGAGAAUCUCGACGAAUGGGAAGCUAUCUUAAAUAACAAUAUAUGGGAUGCGGCACCAGGAGAAAAUGAUGAGAUUCUUCCAGCUUUGAAAUUGAGUUAUGUCCAUCUUCCUUCUUAUUUGAAGAGAUGUUUUGCUUAUUGCGCAAUCUUUCCAAAGGACUACGAAUUUGAGAGGGAUGAGCUGGUGCUCUUAUGGAGAGCGGAGGGCUUUUUAGAUGGACGAAAAGCAAAAGAGAAUACCUUGAGAUUUGGACGGAAAUACUUCGAUGAGUUAGUAUCUAGAUCAUUUUUUCAACAAUCGAAUGUUGACACAUCGAAGUUUUUGAUGCAUGAUCUUUUGAAUGAUCUAGCAAAGUCAAUUGCGGGUGUGACAUGCUUUACCUUUGGGGAGUCUCAAGUAGUGAGUGAUGAAGAUGAUGCCUCUUUUGAAGAGAAAGCUCGUUAUGCAUCAUGUGUCUCACAAUUUGUUACAUCAAAAAGCUCGAGAGCAUAUGCUGCAAUGAAGGUACUAAGAAGUUUAAUGCUAUCGACUAUUCAAUCUGAUCAUUAUAGAAAAGAAAUUUUUAUUUCUGGAAAGGUGCUGCACGACUUGCUAACAAACUUGAAGUACUUGCGGGUGUUAUCAUUAUGCCAUUGUAACAUCUUGGAGGUACCGAAUUGUGUAUGUGAUUUAAAACAUCUCCGAUAUCUCAAUCUCUCAUACACCGGUAUCAAAAGGCUACCCGAGUCAAUUGGUGCCUUGUGCAAAUUACAAGCUUUAAUCUUAAGAGGUUGUGAAAUGCUUUCUAUGUUGCCUCUAGGCAUCACAAAAUUGGUCAGGUUACAAUUUCUUGACAUUCGAGAAACAAGGAGUCUCAAAAAGAUGCCAUUGGGUAUUAAUAAUUUGAGGAAUCUUAUUAUCUUGCCCAAGUUUGUGGUAGGACUAGAGAAAGGGUCACAAUUAAAGGAGUUAAAGAACUUGCCACAUCUUCAAGGAGAGUUACUCAUAUCUGAAUUGCAGAAGGUGGAAGAAGUUAGAGAUGCAAUCGAUGCUAAUUUGUUUGGAAAGCAAGAUCUUAGCGACUUAUUCUUACAUUGGAAUGAAGGUUUUGGAGAUUUCCGAAAUACAGAGCGCGAAGCACGGGUUCUUCACUCUCUGCGACCUCACACUAAUAUAAAAAAUAUCACUAUCUCAUACUAUGGUGGUGAAUCACUCCCGUCAUGGUUAGGUGAUCCAUCCUAUUCUAAGAUAGUGUAUUUGUGCUUGCUUGGCUGUCCUCGUGUUAGUUCACUACCAUCACUUGGACAGCUCCCUUCACUCAAAGAAUUAUCUCUUGAAGGUCUAAGUGCAGUACACAUGAUAGGCUUAGAAUUUUACGGAACUAAAAGCCCUUUUCCAUCCUUAACAAUUUUGAAGUUUGAACGGAUGUCGGCAUGGAAAGAUUGGUCUUAUUAUGCUGGAGGUCGAGAAGAAAAAGUACCAUUCCCCUGUCUUCAGCAUCUUGUUGUCCAAAGAUGUCCAAAGUUGACGGGGACAUUGCCUCAUCGAUUAGAUCAUCUCAUAAAGCUAGAAAUUUGUUCAUGCUCGCAUUUGAAUGACUCAACCAAUAAGGUUCAUCUUCCAUCUCUUUGUGAGUUACACAUUAAUGAUUGUAACAAGGAGAUCUUAAAGUGUUUGGACAACCUAACUUCUUUAACCAUUCUCAAAAUCAAGAAUCUUGCGGAGCUUGUUUGCUUUGAUAAUGGAUUUAUGAGCUACUUGGUCAAGCUAAAGAAGCUUCAUAUAAGUAGCUGUUACAAGCUAACAUACCUAUGGCCAGAUGGAGAUGGAAUGCGAAAUCUUUCUUGCCUCCAGAGUGUAGUCAUUGAAUAUUGUCCUCAACUCAAAUCUUUUAUGGAGGGAGAAGGAGAGAUUGAGCUGCCAUGCAACCUUGAAAGGAUGGACUUGGGGGGUUGCAUGAGUUUAGAAAGGCUUCCAAGCAAGAUGCACACACUUAAACGUUUGAGCAUUUGGGGUUGUCCAAAAAUCAUGGGACUAACCAUUCCUCCAAAUGAUUCGAGUAGCAAUAACUCGAUGUCGCAGCUUGAAUAUAUGUGGAUUAGCGGUUGUGAUUCUUGGAUAUCUUUUCCAUUUGCUAAGGAUAGACUUGCUACUCUUAAGACACUUCAUAUCACGAAUUGUAAGGGAGUAGAGUCUCUAGCAGAGAUCACCACAGUAGACUCGCUAGAAUCUCUAGAUUUUUUCGAUUGUAUGAAUUUGAGAAGCCUACCACAGUGCCUUCGCACGCUCGUCCAUCUCACUCAUUUAUCUAUACAUAAUUGUCCAGCACUAGAGAUGGAGGACUUGCCUCCCCUUCCCCUCACCUUGUCGCGUCUUUCACUUUUUAGGUGUCCGAAGAUAAAGUCUAUUGCCAGCUCUAACAUUGAUAGUUGUAACAAUCUCACUUAUUUGGAAAUAAUGGAGUGUCCAGCAUUGGAGAUGGAGGACUUCCCUCCCCUUCCAGUCACCCUAUUGUGCCUUCGACUUGAGUCUUGUCCGAAGAUAAAGUCAUUGGAGUGGCAUCGUCUUACGUCCCUUCAGGAGCUACAAAUUUGGGAUUGUGAAAAUAUCGAAUGCUUCCCCGAAGGAGGCUUGCCUCCAAAUUUGCGAUCGUUUCAUAUUAGGGGGUGCAAGGAUAUGAAGCAGCCAGUGAGAGAAUGGGGCUUGCCCAUGCUCACUUCCCUCGAGAGACUGGUAAUGGAGGGAAGCAGCAUGGGAGGGGACGGAGACAAGGAGUGCUUUCCUUCGAAGGAAGACGACGAGGAUUCCUGGAGUCUUCUCUUUCCUUCCUCUCUUGUCUCUCUUAUAUUGGGAAAUAUGAUGAACGUCGAAAGACUAUCGAGUGGCCUUCGCAACCAUCUCUCCUUUCUCCGAUAUUUAAGGAUUGUCAAUUGUCCGAAGUUGAGGGACUUGCCAGAGGAUGGCCUCCCUCCCUCCCUCCAACAAUUAUUUAUAUCUGAUUGCGAGAAUCUGAAAGAUCGAUGCUCAAAACACACCGGCGACUAUUGGCCCCUCAUCCAAGACAUCCCUCUCAUCCUCAUUGAUGGCUUUUUGCUCCAGUGAGUUUUCUAGGGUUCGGGUAAGUUUAUGAUUUUGAAAGCAUCGAUUUCCAAUUAUGCUUCCUCAACUCGAUGCUCCAUACAAAUCGAUACUUUCCACGAAGAAGCUCCGCAUAAAUUUCCGGAAAUCCGAGAAAUCCCUGACAUCCGCAUCGAUUGGGUUCUCACAUCCGAUGAAGUGAAUCCGACCCACUUUUGCUUUCAUUUGCUAACUGCCGCGAUCCAUCCCUUCGAUCUACGGUCGGAUUUCUAAGGGUUCGGCUGCAUCCAUGUCCGCUACUGCCUUGGGCCGGAUUUUCUCUUUAGCCACCGCAAGGCUCUUUCGAACGGCAAGUAAUUCAGCCUCCUCUGCAGGCAACACUCUCCCCUGUUUCAGUUUUGGCCUCAAUCCCAACAAUUUUUUGUUCAUAUAUGGAUGCAAAGUUGGGGUACCUGCCAGAGGAUGGCCCUUUCUCUCUCUCCCUCCCUCCAAGAGAUCCCUUUCAUCAGCAUUGAUAGCAUUCAGAUCCAAUGAAGUAAAAUCGAUCAUACCCGGGCCAUGAUAAAAGAUUUGUUAACCGCCGCGAUUCAUUCUUUGAUGUACAGUAAGUUUUCUUGGGUUCGGAUUGUUUGCCGUUGUCAAUGAUAUCUCCUGCUUGUUCCAAGGAGAAUGUAGCUUUUCUUAACCAGCAAUAUGGAUGGAACAGAACCACUAAUGAGGUCAUCAUCGUCAUAGAAGCUUAUAGAACUCUGAGGGAUCAGAGGCCUUACCCUGCUGAUCAAGUUGUGAGAGAUAUCAGCAGGAAGUUUGGUUUGGUGCUCUUCGACAGCUCUUCUAAAACCACUUUUGUGGCCUCUAUGAGAUGUUGAUGGAAGUGUUGCUUUCUUCUGGGGAAGUGAUUCUGGAGGCAAUCUUGUUCUCUUGGAUGAUGCAGAAGUCGUGAAGAUGGGCCGUGGGAAAUCUUUUGCACCAUUCCCUAAAGGAUGCUGCUUCACGAGCUCUGGAGGUUUGAGGAGUUAUGAGCACCCACCAAAUGAGAUACCACUGUGAUCUGUAUUGGAAAAAUCUCUUGGAAGGAUCACUUGUGAAUGCUGUUGAGCUGGAAAUCUUGCACUUUGACAAAUGCAAACCUUGUCUGAUACAUCUCCUCCCUCUAUGCUACUGUUGCAUAUGUAAAUUUUUGGUUGAAGCAAUUUUCAUGUGAGAUUGUGAAGCUUUGUUAGAGGUGGUCAGAAAAGCAGUGUUGCAUUUGCCAAGAUGAAUUUCGAGAAACCAUACAUAGUUUUGCUUGUGAGCCAUCCGAUCAUCUGGAUUUGGAUGCGGUUGAGGCGCUCAUUCGAGGGCUGGUCUUGUUCCAAGGAAGGUGUCUGAUGGUUAGUCACGAUGAGCAUCCAAUAUCUGGAAGCGGGGACAAGCUUUGGGUGGUUUCUCAAGGCAAGGUGGUGCCUUUCUAUGGGAAUUUUCAGGAUCAUAAUAAGAUACUUCAGUCCUCGUCGAAUCAGGUGAGUUUAGUUCUUGUCAUCAGCCAAGAGUGGUUCAAUGGGAUCACAUCACAUUACCUUAUAAAACAUAAAAUGAGGCUUUGUUACAUAGAGAAAGCAAAAAAGGAUGAAGAGAGGAUUGCUGCUGA